AUGGCGCAGAAAGAUCAGCUGGACCGAGAAUCUUUCUCUUGUGUGAUCUGUCUGGAUCUACUGAAGGAUCCGGUGACUACUUCCUGUGGACACAGCUACUGUAUGAGCUGUAUUAAAGGAUUCUGGGAUGGAGAGGAUCAGAUGAAGAUCUACAGCUGCCCUCAGUGCAGAGAGGCCUUCACACCGAGGCCUGUCCUGAAGAAAAACACCAUGUUAGCAGCUUUAGUGGAGCAGCUGAAGAAGACUGGACUCCAAGCUGCUGCUGCUGAUCACUGCUAUGCUGGACCUGAAGAUGUGGCCUGUGAUGUCUGCACUGGGAGGAAGAGGAAAUCCUCCAAGUCCUGUCUGGUGUGUCUGGCCUCUUACUGUGAGAAUCACCUCCAGUCUCACUAUGAAUCACCUACAUUUAAAAAACACAAGCUGGUGGAGCCCUCCAAGAAGCUCCAGGAGAACAUCUGCUCUCGUCAUGAUGAGGUGAUGAAGAUAUUCUGCCGUACAGAUAAGAAGAGUAUCUGUUAUCUGUGCACUAUGGAGGAUCAUAAAGGCCACGACACAGUCCCAGCUGCAGCAGAAAGGACUGAGAGGCAGAGAGAGCUCGAGGUGAGUCGACUAAACAUCCAGCAGAGAAUCCAGCACAGAGAGAAAGAUGUGAAGCUGCUUCAACAGGAGGUGGAGGCCGUCAGUCCCUCUGCUGAUAAAGCAGUGGAGGACAGUGAGAAGAUCUUCACUCAGCUGAUCCGUCUCCUCCAGAAAAGAAGCUCUGAUGUGAAGCAGCAGAUCAGAUCCCAGCAGGAAACUGAAGUGAGUCGAGUCAAAGAGCUUCAGGAGAAGCUGCAGCAGGAGAUCACUGAGCUGAAGAGGAAAGACGCUGAACUGAAGCAGCUCUCACACACAGAGGAUCACAACCAGUUUCUACACAACUACCCCUCAGUGUCACAACUCAGUGAACCUACAGACUCAUCCAGCAUCAAUAUCCGUCCUCUGAGAUACUUUGAGGAUGUGACAGCAGCUGUGUCACAGCUCAGAGAUAAACUACAGGACAUCCUGAGGGACAAAUGGACAAACAUCUCACUGGCAGUGACUAAUGUGAACGUUUUACUGCCCCAACCAGAACCCAAGACCAGAGCUGAGUUCUUACAAUAUUCACGUGAAAUCACUCUGGAUCCAAACACAGUAGACACAGAGCUGUUAUUAUCUAAGGGGAACAAAAAAGUAGAAUAUACCAGACAACCACGGUCUUCUUCUAGGCGCACAGACAGAUUCACUACAUAUUCUCAAGUCCUGAGUAGAGAGAGUCUGACUGGACGUUGUUACUGGGAGGUGGAGUGGAGAGGAACAGUUGAUGUAGCAGUUGCAUACAAGAAUAUCAGCAGAGCAGGAUAUGAAUCUUUAUUUGGACGUAAUGACAAAUCUUGGUCUUUAGAUUGUUACUCUAACAGUUAUGAAUUUUGGUUCAACAACAUUGAAACUCCCGUCUCAGGUCCUCGUUCCUCCAGAGUCGGAGUGUACCUGGAUCACAGAGCAGGUAUUCUGUCCUUCUACAGCGUCUCUAAACCCAUGACUCUCCUCCACAGAGUCCAGACCACAUUCACUCAGCCUCUCUAUGCUGGACUUUGGGUUAAUCCUGAAUCCACAGCUGAGUUGUGUAAAACCAUGUUAGCAGCUUUAGUGGAGCAGCUGAAGAAGACUGGACUCCAAGCUGCUCCUGCUGAUCACUGCUAUGCUGGACCUGAAGAUGUGGCCUGUGAUUUCUGCACUGGGAGGAAGCUGAAAGCCUUCAAGUCCUGUCUGGUGUGUCUGGCCUCUUACUGUGAGAAUCACCUCCAGUCUCACUAUGAAUCACCUACAUUUAAAAAACACAAACUGGUGGAGCCCUCCAAGAAGCUCCAGGAGAACAUCUGCUCUCGUCAUGAUGAGGUGAUGAAGAUAUUCUGCCGUACAGAUAAGAAGAGUAUCUGUUAUCUGUGCACUAUGGAGGAUCAUAAAGGCCACGACACAGUCCCAGCUGCAGCAGAAAGGACUGAGAGGCAGAGAGAGCUCGAGGUGAGUCGACUAAACAUCCAGCAGAGAAUCCAGCACAGAGAGAAAGAUGUGAAGCUGCUUCAACAGGAGGUGGAGGACGUCAGUCUCUCUACUGAUAAAGCAGUGGAGGACAGUGAGAAGAUCUUCACUCAGCUGAUCCGUCUCCUCCAGAAAAGAAACUCUGAUGUGAAGCAGCAGAUCAGAUCCCAGCAGGAAACUGAAGUGAGUCGAGUCAAAGAGCUUCAGGAGAAGCUGCAGCAGGAGAUCACUGAGCUGAAGAGGAAAGACGCUGAACUGAAGCAGCUCUCACACACAGAGGAUCACAACCAGUUUCUACACAACUACCCCUCAGUGUCACAACUCAGUGAACCUACAGACUCAUCCAGCAUCAAUAUCCGUCCUCUGAGAUACUUUGAGGAUGUGACAGCAGCUGUGUCAGAGCUCAGAGAUAAACUACAGGACAUCCUGAGGGACAAAUGGACAAACAUCUCACUGGCAGUGACUGAAGCGGACGUUUUACUGUCAGUACCCAUGACCAGAGCUGGGUUCUUAAAAUAUUCACGUGAAAUCACUCUGGAUCCAAACACAGUACACACAUAUCUGUUAUUAUCUGAGGGGAACAGAAAAGUAGAACGGAUGUUACUACCACAGUCUUAUUCUAGUCACACAGACAGAUUCACUACAUAUUCUCAGGUCCUGAGUAGAGAGAGUCUGACUGGACGUUGUUACUGGGAGGUGGAGUGGAGAGGAGGAGGAGUUGGUGUAGCAGUCGCAUACAAGAAUAUCAGCAGAGCAGGACGUGAAUCUCUAUUUGGACGUAAUGACAAAUCUUGGUCUUUAUAUUGUGGCACUAACAGGUAUGGAUUUUGGUUCAACAACAUUAAAACUCCCGUCUCAGGUUCUGGUUCCUCCAGAGUCGGAGUGUACCUGGAUCACAGAGCAGGUAUUCUGUCCUUCUACAGCGUCUCUGAAACCAUGACUCUCCUCCACAGAGUCCAGACCACAUUCACUCAGCCUCUCUAUGCUGGACUU